GGCCCCUGCGGCGCCCGGCUCGCCCCGUAAGCCGAGCCUCUUCUAUUCCUUCUUGACGUCCCCGCUGGUCGUCGGCUUCGCCCUGCUGCGCCUGCUGGCCUGUCACCUGGGGCUCCUCUUCGGGUGGCUCUGCCAGCGCUUCUCCCGCGCCCUCAUGGCCGCCAAGAGGAGCUCCGGGACCGCGCCGGCGCCCGCCUCGCCCGCACCCCCAGCGCCCGGGCCCGGGGGCGAGGCCGAGAGCGUCUGCGUCUUCCACAAACAGGCCUUCGAGUACAUCUCCAUUGCCCUGCGCAUCGACGAGGAAGAGAAAGGACAGAAGGAACAAGCUGUGGAAUGGUACAAGAAAGGUAUUGAAGAACUAGAAAAAGGAAUUGCUAUUAUAGUAACAGGCCAAGGUGAACAGUAUGAAAGAGCUAGACGCCUUCAAGCCAAAAUGAUAACUAAUUUGGUUAUGGCCAAGGAUCGUUUACAACUUCUAGAGAAGCUGCAACCAGUUUUGCAAUUUUCCAAGUCACAAACGGAUGUCUAUAAUGACAGUACUAACCUGAUGUGCCGCAAUGGACAUCUCCAGUCAGAAAGUGGAGCAGUUCCGAAGAGGAAAGACCCCCUAACACAUGCUAGUAAUUCACUGCCUCGAUCAAAAACAGUCAUGAAAAGUGGAUCCACAGGGCUUUCAGGUCACCACAGGGCACCUAGUUGCAGUGGUUUAUCCAUGGUUUCUGGAGCGAGACAGGGACCUGGUCCCGUGGCUGCCACUCAUAAGGGUAUUCCAAAACCAAAUAGAACCAACAAACCUUCUACACCCACAACGGCUGUUCGGAAAAAGAAAGACUUGAAAAAUUUUAGGAAUGUGGACAGUAACCUGGCAAACCUCAUAAUGAAUGAAAUUGUUGACAAUGGGACAGCUGUAAAAUUUGAUGAUAUAGCUGGUCAGGAUUUGGCAAAACAAGCAUUGCAAGAAAUUGUUAUUCUUCCUUCUCUGCGGCCUGAGUUGUUCACAGGGCUUAGAGCUCCUGCCAGAGGGCUGUUACUCUUCGGUCCGCCUGGAAACGGAAAAACCAUGCUGGCCAAAGCAGUAGCUGCAGAAUCCAAUGCCACCUUUUUCAACAUAAGUGCUGCGAGUUUAACUUCAAAAUACGUGGGGGAAGGAGAGAAACUGGUGAGAGCUCUCUUUGCCGUGGCUCGAGAACUUCAACCGUCUAUAAUUUUUAUAGAUGAAGUUGAUAGUCUUUUGUGUGAAAGAAGAGAAGGGGAGCAUGAUGCUAGUAGACGACUGAAAACUGAAUUUUUAAUAGAAUUUGAUGGUGUACAAUCUGCUGGAGAUGACAGAGUACUUGUAAUGGGUGCAACUAAUAGGCCCCAAGAGCUUGAUGAAGCUGUUCUCAGGCGAUUCAUUAAACGGGUAUAUGUGUCUUUACCAAAUGAGGAGACGAGACUGCUUCUACUUAAAAACCUGUUAUGUAAACAGGGAAGCCCACUGACCCAAAAAGAACUUGCACAACUUGCUAGAAUGACUGAUGGAUACUCUGGAAGUGAUCUAACAGCUUUGGCAAAAGACGCAGCACUGGGCCCUAUCCGAGAGCUGAAACCAGAGCAGGUGAAGAACAUGUCUGCCAGUGAGAUGAGAAAUAUUCGGUUAUCUGACUUCACAGAAUCCUUAAAAAAGAUAAAGCGCAGUGUGAGUCCUCAAACCCUAGAAGCAUACAUCCGCUGGAACAAGGACUUUGGAGACACCACUGUUUAAAGGAAUGCCUUGUAAGCCUGCAGAACGUUUUACUUCACAAGAAACAGGAGCUUCAGAGAAGUUAUCAGCUACAGGAACUCAGAUUUCGUUUACAGGACUUUUUAGAGUUUUCCUUUUUGUGCACCAAACUUGAAGAGGAACAAGAAGACAGACCUAAAUAAAAUAUGCAAUGUGAAUGAAAUUUUUGUUGAAGGCCUCUUGCCUGAUGGUCAUGGUUUUCUCAGUCGGCACUGUUAGUUAGAGCACAGCAAAACUAGGUUCUGUUCUUUAUUGAUAGUAAUCAUUCUGUAAAUAAUAAUUUGUAUAUUGUGUUCAGAUGAAAGUAUUCCAGAGACAGUGACUGGCGGUCACAAAGCCUGCUGUUCUGUCUCCUGACGUUUUCUUACAACUCUAUUUUCUGCUUUCCUUUCCUGCUGUUACCUUAGCUCCCUGUGACUGGAAUACCAAGCACUUGGAGUUCUUUCCUGCUUUUCUUACCAACUCCAGUGUGCCAAAUGGAACCCUUUCCCAUCUGCAGUAAGAAAGAGCUUUUUUCAACCUAGAUAUACAAACAUUAAACCGUUAAUACCUUC